CUCAUAUUUUGUGUAUAAUUUCCCUCUCUAUAAAAACACACACACACACACUAAAACAUACAUAUUUUCAUACAAAAACACACACACACACAAAAAAACUCUAGUUAUAUACAUAUAUAUACACACAAUAUGGCAGAAUUAGAAUUUCAAGGUAAGCAUAAUAAUAAUCGUACAAGCAACGGACGUUUAAAAUUAUUUGGUUUCAACGUAACGGAGGAUCAAGAACAAGAGGUUGAAUCGACAAAAACAUCGUCAGGAUCGCCGGAAUCCGGUGAUUUUCCGGCCUCCGAUGGCCGGAAAUAUGAGUGUCAAUAUUGUUGUAGAGAAUUUGCAAAUUCACAAGCUUUAGGUGGACAUCAAAAUGCUCAUAAAAAAGAAAGGCAACAAUUGAAACGUGCCCAAAUGCAAGCUAGUAGAAAUGCAUAUAUGAGGAACCCUAUUAUAUCGGCUUUCGCGCCACCAUCACACCUCCUCGCUCCCUCGGGAAGUGUGAUGGUGCCCACGGCGUCUCCGUCGUGGGUUUAUGUUCCCCGCCCCGCGCCACCCUUUCACGUGUCGCAUGGUUGUGUGUUCCCGAAUUCUACGGGCGCGCGGGGCGUAGGGAACUUACAGUAUACCGGCAGUGUAGCGGAAUCUAGCUUAACUAGUGUUGGGCCUCAACAAGUUAAAGCCCAUAGUGCUAAAGUUGAUGGGCCGUCAUUGAGUAGAUUUUCGAGUAUGGAUGCUGGGCCCAAUUUUGAUGAUGCAUUUGGGCUGGAUUUGCAUCUAAGCCUUUGAAUUAAUUUUUAAUUUUAUAAAAAAAAUAGGAUCUUGUAUAUCUCAGAUUAUUUUAUUUAUUUUUUCACUCAAAGUUAAAAAAAAAAAAGAAAUUCCUUACAUCCAUUUUAUGUUAUUUAUGUCUUUAUUUACAUUUUUUUCUAUCUAUUGUUUGCAAAUUUAGGGUUCAAGUUAUGUGAAAUAUUAAAUAUGUUGUA